AUGAUAUCAAGGAAUCACAAUAAUCCUAACAUUAGAUUACCACCCGUCACUUAAAGCAAGAACAGGAGUCAUUUUAAUUCUUCAAGCUUCAGUAUUAACAUGAAUAAUGCUUUGGAAUCACAGAGAAUGCUUAAUGAAGCCUAGUAUUAGACAAAUAAUGCAAUUUUCAACACAAACUAUAAUUAGUCUCAUGUUGCAUAAUAGCAGUUCAUGAAGGUGGAGGAAGAAGAUUAAAUUCCAGAAGAUUAAAGAAAUUCAUAAUCUCGCAUUUAAUUUUACAAAAAUCUCAGAUCAAACAAAUUUGUGAUUGUUCCUGGCGACGAGAUAAUUGAGGAGGCUUCAAAAUUAAAUAUGCCAUAUUUCUCGAUAAUAGAGGUACCUAUAAAAAAAUACAUGCUCGUAAAAAAACAAAACGAAAAAAAUAAAGCAAAAAGUAACAUCUAAUCCUUAAGAAACAGCUCUUAAGUAGGCUAGGGUACCAUAGGUCUAUUUAGGUAGAUUAAUGAAGAAAGUUUCAAAAAUAUGAAGAAGAAAUUUAAUCAAUCGCCUUCAAUAAAGGUGAAAAAGUUCAAAAUCAAAGGAGAUUCGGAUUCUGCAGCUGAGCAGAUAUUGAGUCAAUAAUAUUUGAUAGGUGAUAAGAUAAACGAAGUUGAAGAGGAUCCGAAACUAAAAAUAAAGUCUAAAUUAUUGGGGAUGAAACCCGGAGUAAGAUAUGCAGAUAAUAAUUCUGGAUCAAGUAGUAUUGAAUAAGGCAAGAAAAAAAUUGGAUUUGAUAGUUUCAACAUUGAAUCCUUAUCUUUCACAGAUAAAAUCAGAACUCAAAUGAAUAAAGAUUUGGUAACAAGACUGUAUGAGCAUGAAUAUGAUAAGCUUAAAUAAAAGAUACUAGAAGAGAAAGAUAAAGAGAAGAAGCUAAAGCAAAUUACAGAUAAAGUCUAGUUUCAUGAAGGCGCUUUGAGUGCAAAACCUAUCUAUAGAUAUGAAUAAUUCUUGGAAAGAAUUUCUAGAAGCCCUAGCCAAAUAAGAUGA